CUCGGCCGCCGCUGUGGUGUGAGGUGCGUGUCCGGGCUCUCGCCGUCACCGCACCCGCACCGCGGCUACUGCCGUGCGGUCCGCCGUUCGACCGCCAGCCCUCGGGCCCCUUGCCCGCUGCGGACAUGCCGCGCGUCUACAUAGGACGCCUGAGCUACAACGUCCGGGAGAAGGACAUCCAGCGCUUUUUCAGUGGCUAUGGCCGCCUUCUCGAAAUAGACCUUAAAAAUGGGUACGGCUUCGUGGAGUUCGAGGACUCCCGCGACGCCGACGACGCCGUUUACGAGCUGAACGGCAAGGAGCUGUGCGGCGAGCGCGUGAUCGUGGAGCACGCCCGCGGCCCGCGCCGGGAUCGCGACGGCUACAGCUACGGAAGCCGCAGUGGUGGAGGUGGAUACAGCAGUCGGAGAACCUCUGGCAGAGACAAAUAUGGACCACCUGUACGCACAGAAUUCAGACUAAUUGUAGAAAAUCUUUCUAGUCGUUGCAGUUGGCAAGAUUUAAAGGAUUUCAUGAGACAAGCAGGUGAAGUAACCUAUGCAGAUGCUCACAAAGAACGCACAAAUGAAGGUGUCAUUGAGUUUCGCUCCUACUCUGACAUGAAGCGUGCUUUGGAUAAACUGGAUGGUACAGAAAUCAAUGGGAGAAAUAUUAGACUCAUUGAAGAUAAGCCACGAACAAGCCAUAGGCGGUCUUAUUCUGGAAGCAGAUCUAGGUCACGAUCUAGAAGAAGGUCACGAAGUAGAAGUCGUAGGAGCAGCCGCAGUAGAUCUCGAAGUAUCUCAAAAAGUCGCUCCCGAUCCAGGUCUCGGAGCAAAGGUCGGUCACGGUCUCGUUCCAAAGGCAGGAAAUCUAGAUCAAAAAGCAAAUCUAAACCCAAGUCUGAUCGGGGCUCCCGUUCGCGUUCUCGGAGCAGAUCGAAGGAUGAGUAUGAGAAAUCUCGAAGCAGGUCUCGUUCUCGAUCUCGUUCCCCCAAAGAAAAUGGAAAAGGUGAUAUAAAGUCCAAAUCUAGAUCAAGGAGCCAGUCCCGUUCCAAUUCACCCCUACCUGCUCCACCCUCAAAGGCCCGUUCUGUGUCCCCUCCACCAAAAAGAUCUUCAAGAUCCCGUUCUAGAUCUCGUUCAAAGUCAAGGUCACGAUCCAGAUCAAGUUCCAGAGAUUAACCCAGAACUCUCCAUUCUUUGCACACUAUUACGGAACACUUUCCUACUUGCUUAGUCAGUUACUCUUUCAUGUUUCUACUUGGCCUCUUCUGCAAGAAGAAACCUCCCAAAAUGGGCACACAGAAAUUGGAUUUGUAGCCAAAUUUGAUGAAAAAGAUGAGGUUCUAAAGAAAUGGCAUGAAGUCAAAGAUCCUCUCCCUUCUUUGUAGAAUUAAGAUAACUUUGAUUUUAUAGCUUUUGAGCUAAAAUAACUUUUGUAAAGAUUAAGCUCAUUUAGAUUUUUUUUUUUUUAAGUAUUUCAGCAGGAUCUGCUGGAGGGGUUUUGUUAUUGUUAUAUUUGUUUGCUUAAUUUUAAAUUAACCUUUUCAGGCUUUGAAUACUUAAGGCUUUAGAGGGAGAACCCAAUUUUCAAUUAUGUUGGCUUUUUAUAAAGCUUGAGUUAUGUAAGAUUUCAAUAAAAGUUUGCUACCAAGAUGAUUGCCUUACUUGAAUAGGUCACUCAUAAAUUCCUUGAGAUACUGAUAGUCUAUCUGUGGAAACGAUGUAAAUUCUACUUACAUGUAAAACAAGGCAAGUCUCAGAUGCAAUAAGUUUGGAUAUGUUACUUUGUGCUGUUAAUCAAAUUUGCCAAAAUCACUUUGGCCCCUUAAACAGGUUUAAGUUAAAAAUAAAAAGAUUUUGUAGUGGACCUGUUAAAACAGUUUUGCCUAAGUUAAUAGCUUUUUUAAAUGUUCUUUAAACUUAAGUUGGUAACUCAAAAAAGUAGUUCUAAUACUUGGGAUCUCAUCUAGCCUGGUAAUCCCACUUUCUGAAAGUGAUCGUUGUAAUUAGUGUUUUGUAAGAGUAAGGUUCCGUGAUCUUUACUGUUUGUUAUGUAAAAAUAGAAAUAACCUUUCUUUGAUCAGAAAUUUAGUAUGUUAUUCAAAAUGGAAAAGCAAAUACCGUGUUUUCUACUGGAAAACCCUUAAUAUUAAUAGGCACUUAACAGAUCAUUUGGUAAAUCAGUUACUAUUUAAAGCAAAAUUCUACCUAACAGUCAUCCUUUUGUAGUUAGUGGGGUUCUGUGAUAAUUGGUUAGGUCAUCCUUACGAACUUUAUGUGGUUGGCUUGGAAAAAACUUAAAUGGGAUAAACCCUAGUACUUCAUCAUAAAGUGUAAUAAAUUCUGUGGAAACCAAAUUAUAAUCGGCAAAUUUGUAGGAGUUACUGGGUUACAAUUAGUCCUUAUGUCCAUAAGCCUAGUUAGCUGAAUUUGCAGUUUGAGAAAUGAAUUACCUUAUAUCUCUGUUUGGUUCGUUAAGGUAAUUUCAUUUUAAAAACCAUUCAUUAGUCUUAGUCUGAAAAUGGGCUGUAGGUUGUUUGGCUCAGCUUUAACAUCUUUCUGGGAGCUGUCAGUGUAUAAGAUGUCAAUGGGUGGGUAGUGUUAGGGUAGGGUGUGAUGGAUACUGUCAUUUUGAGAAAUUUCUGGGCUUCCUGUUACGAAACCUUAAAGAGUCUAAUCUUAGAAACAUAGUGCCCCAAAAGGUUGAUGCUUCUUUGACGACCUUAUUUUCUUCAAUGCUUUCGAUAUUUUUAAAGAUAUUCAUAAGAAAUACGGUUUGUUUUCCCAUAUAGACCUUGGAUUUUGAAAGAAAAAACUGGUAUCUGUAAUUAUAGUUCAUCGUUUUACCUGUUUGAAGAAAAAAGUUGUGACUGUUGCAUAAAGAGGCAGGUCUGCACUGCCUGUCAAAAUGUGUUUUAAGGACAAGUUACUUUUAAGAAUUGGCUUUGACCAAAGUUCUCUUGUUUUCAGGGAAAGAACAAAAGCUUUUAAAACCACAGCCUUUUAAAGUGAAGGAGGGGGGAAUACUACAAUAUACAAUUUGACUUUCUAAAAGCAUGCAGCAUCCUUCAACUGGGCUUUCUUAUGUUAUGACAUCACAUGGUAAUAGGCAGGUUUGUCUACCCUCUUAGCUGCCACCCUCGCAGGUGGGUAAUUGUAUAGGUAACUGCCUACACCCAUAAGAAUUUAAUAGCAAAGACCAGUUUAUUAAAACUCAAGUUCCUAUUCCACGCCUGUGGACCCCCAUCAUUGGACAUACCAAACCACUUUUAUAUAUAAACACUGGCCUACUUAGAGUUGACCAAUAAAAUGUUUAGUUCCUUGCUAACUUAAGUAGAGUCUGAGUCUCUGCAGCUUGCCACAUCUUUACCUGUGGCUAGACGGCAGUGUUAAACUGGUAGAGAGCAGAAUAGAAGUGUGGUAAUCUGGAUCCCGCUUUCUUUUACCUGAUAGUGUGUUAACAUGCCAUAGUGCCUUUAUGGCCAGUUCAAGUCUUUCCUGCCCUGUGACUUAAUGUUCCACUCCUGUGUUGUUACCAUCUUUUCUCUUGGUAUCUUCUUUCUCCCACCUUGUUAACCUAUUUUGUGCUUUAUUGCCUCAAUAAA